AUGCUGAUCAUUGAAGCUCUUCUUCUCAUUUUAGCUGCUCUAGGACAGGAUCACAGCGCUGCUGCUGCUGAAGGAAAGAUAUAUCCAUUGGAUAUGGCACCGAAUUCUGUUGAUGAUCAAUAUGACGGUUGUAGAGAGAAAAUGGCAGACCUGGUGAAGACAAAAUAUCUGAAGGAGGAAAUCAAUAAGUCUUCUGAAUUUAAUGAUACUUGGCACGACGGUGAAAUUAACGCCAAGAACCCACAGGAUAAUUUGGAACAGAAUCAUUCAGUCGCUAUUUAUGUGUACUCUAACAACAAUUCUAAUGUAUUUCGUAAAUUCAAUAAUGCUGUCCGUAGUGAGAAACAAAAAUACAAAGAUGGGACAUUCACAUGGUAUUCACUUCACUUUCUGGUAACAGAUGCAAUACAGAUUCUGAAGAAAAGACAAAGCAAAUGCUAUUCAACUUAUCGCGGCACUACAGCUGAGUUUGACACGGAUGUUCUGAACAAAGAGGUUCGUUUCGGCUCAUUUACAUCCUCCUCUCUUGAUCGUAAGGUAGCAAAUGAUUUUGGACCGAAAUCUUGUUUUGAAAUCGAAACUUGUGAAGGUGCUGAUGUGAUCAAAUACUCCAAAUAUCCUGACCAGAAAGAGGUGCUUAUUCCCCCAUAUGAGAAGUUUAACGUCACUGCUGUCAAGACAAAAGGUCAGGAAGGUGCCUGGUGUGACAUUGUGUUCAAGUUGAAAAGCACUGGGAAAAUAAGUUACCUGAACUGUGGUGUUGAUGCAAAACUGGUACAGGACAGGGCCAAACUUUAAAUCUUCACUCAUUGUGUCUCUUUAAGUCAGACGUUGCUUUCAUUAUAAUGUUUGAUGGCUUCAUUAAUUCUUAAUUAUAAUCAUCUUUACCAUUUUUAAGUAAAUCAAUAAUGAAUUCUUCUGCUUUGUUAUUGUUUGAUCUUGUUUCCGUUUUCACAUGUAACUCUGUGUGUUGUGCUAGGGGAAAGUGAAUAGGCAAAAGCUUAUUGGCAACAUUUUAAUUACAUGUUAAUACUAUUGUACCAGCUCACAUGGUUCCCUGUAU